UGCACGCGCUAAGGAGAGAGGAAGAGAGAGAGAGAGAGAGAGAGGUGGAGAGGAGUGUAGAGUUCGCGACGGAGGGAUGAGCUGUUCUGGUCUUCCAACUGUAGUUUUUUUUAGCAACAUUUGUAAGGAACUGUGGUGACAUUUUGACAUUUUUCGUUACCUUUCUACUUCUUUUGAAGGCACCGGCACAUCUAUCGGUUUGUUCUCGAAAGAAAUAUAUAUAUAUUGAGUUGACUCACCUGCGUGGGAAAUUCCACCGGAGUGUGUCUUCUGACUGAGCUCAUUCCAAACCGGUGGAAACUUUUAUUCUCUCUUCUCUCUCUGGUGCUGUCUCUGCACGUCCGUUCAGUGGCGGUGGGCUGUGUUGUGGCACGCGGAGAAAGGAGAGAGAACGGGCUGUCGUCGAGGGGAGCUGUCCGGUGCUGAAACCACGAGACUGGCAAAAGGUGCACGCAAAGAACUGGUUGACUGGAGUUCUCCGCGUGCUGAAGAACAACGGUUUGAAAAACGGUCGUUUUUCCUUUUGAAGCAACGGAAUAAAACAAAUAGCAAGAGAAGAGCGACGUUUUGUCUUCGAGCAAUAGUCAAUACAGGAACUGAUUUAUUAUUAUUUUUUAUUUUUGAUCUUUUGUCAGAGGAAAACAGACAAUUUCUUUACCAAGACCAAACAAAUCAGUCUGUAUUUGUAAGAUAGGCUAAAUGCAGGUAUGCCAAAUCAUAAGGAACUGAGGAGCACUUGGUUUGUCUGAUCUUUAAAAGCCAUGUCUCUCCACUUUCAAGGCUGUUUGAUUGGAGGGAGCGAACGCACAUAGUAGCUGAAACCAGGGAGUAGCCCACACUGUCAUUAAAAUCAGGCAUUUCAACUAUAGAUUUUUGUAAGGCCUGAAGUGGGUUGGAAGACAGAAGAAGUGUGCUUGUUUAUUGUAUAAGUGUCGGAGCAACUACUGUCCCAUCAUGCCUCGCUCUUUCUUGGUGAAGAAAGUCAAAUUGGAUGAUUUUUCGGCUGCAGAGCUGGAGAGAUCAUAUGGUCACAGUAGAAGAGAAGCACUUAGUCUACGAUUCCAUCAUCAUGACAAAGGCUAUGUCAGCGAUUAUCUGAGUCCAUCUCCUUAUGAUGAUGUGGUGGAAAAUGACUCAUCGGUCAUCUCUAAAGUACCCUCCCCUGGCCAUCCGUCGAUCAUCUAUAGCCGCAUUGACAACACCUAUGCUGGUGAUAUCCACGGCGAUUCGGACCAGCCGGACAGCCCGCGGUCCGAGGUUUCAUCAUCAGCUGAGGGAUACAUCAACGGGGACGCGGCUGUGAGCGAGGGAUACACGGUGGACGCGUUUUUCAUCAUGGACGGACGAUCGCGGAGGAAAUCCUCAGAGAACCCCAAAGGGACCAUUCAGAGGCACACCUGCAGCGAGUGCGGCAAAACCUACGCCACGUCCUCCAACCUGAGCCGGCACAAGCAGACGCACAGGAGCAUAGACAGCAAGAUGGCCAAGAAGUGCCCCACAUGUGGGAAAGUCUACGUUUCCAUGCCCGCCAUGGCCAUGCACCUGCUGACCCACGACCUCAAGCACAAGUGCGACGUGUGCAGCAAAGCGUUCAGCCGGCCGUGGCUGCUGCAGGGCCACAUGCGCUCGCACACGGGCGAGAAGCCGUUCGGGUGUGCGCACUGUGGCAAAGCGUUUGCUGACCGGUCAAACCUGCGCGCUCACAUGCAGACGCACUCGGCCUUCAAGCACUACAAGUGCAAACGGUGUGACAAGACGUUUGCGCUCAAGAGUUACCUGAACAAGCACUACGAGUCGGCGUGCUUCAAGGGGGCUUUCUCCCCUUUGAGCUCACUGGGAGAAUGAUGGACUCAGAGAGGUUUACUUUUUUGUUUAUUUAAAUGAGAUUUCACUGGCCUCACUCCCUGCUUCUCCUGCUUUCCCCAACAACAACAGAAGUACGCCCGCGCACUGCAAAGGAGGAGUGCUUUCUCUGCGAGCAUCAUGAGGCAAAUGACAAAAAAACAGAUUGAGGGCAUGUCCCUUUUUUAUCAAGAUCCCUCCUUUGUCUUCUCCUUCCUCAUCUGGAAGUGGAGUGAAAAGUUUCCGAUGCUUGAUAUAUAUUGCCACCUGCUUCGAUAGGAUACAUAGCCUUUUGAGGCUGUUUUGAGUAUCUGUGAAGAUAAAUAAAGCACAGCAUAUCUAGCUCAUCAUUUUUGAAGAUACCUAGAUCUAUUUAUGUCCAUAUCUAUCCUCGUCCCUCUUUUAUUUUUUAACUCAUGACAAAACAACACUGAAGCACAAUUCCUCUCCCAUCUCUGUCUUUCUGUGACAGGAAAAUCACAGGAGUUUUAUGCAUGAAUCACAUCUUCAGUUUUCUUGCAAAGAGAUUUAAUGAACUUUCCUAUUUAAUGUUUUAUAGAAAAAACAAACAAACAAACAUUCAUAAUCUAAGGAUACAUCUGGUAUCACGCUUUUGGUGAAGCUGACCUCGGACUGAACCUAUAAGGAGAUGAAGCUUCAAAACAAAGAGAGCACACAGCAGUUGUUCUCUGCAAGUAAACAAAAUACUUGCACCAUUUAUCAUUUACACUAGUGGCAUGCUUUGCCUCCUGUAUACUGUGCUGGCUACUGACACAUUCACGCUGAACUGUGAGGGCAAUUUAAUGAAUCCUUGUAUGGCAAAUUACACCAUUAUAGUGGGAAAUUAAUUAAUUAAUUAUUUGGUGAUUUUUCUUUACACGAAUGUCUAAAAUGGGCAAAAUGGGCAAAGACAAACAAGCUAUUACAUUUUCGGAGUUACUUUUGGCAUUUUUACUUAAGUCGACAGCAAACAGUGAAAUUUGAAAGGGGAUUAAAGGGACAAACUGGACUUCCAAGGCUGAAAUGUCCCACUGAGCCACCAGGGUAUUCCCUAAAACCUAAAUCUGAUGUUAUUUAUUUUUACUUGUCAACGUCGGACGAGGAUACACACAUUAAAAAUGUCCUGAUUUUCCUCAAAAGGUCAAACCUUUCCCAAGUGUUGUAAGAUUGUGUUUUUGUUGCCAGAGGGCCACACAGUAUUCAGCUUUGAAGUCUUUUUUAUGUUUCUAUUUAUUGCCUAAUUUAUUUAUUUAUUCUUAUGUUUUUGUAGAUGUAUUGAUUUUUGCACUUUACUUUGUUAUAUUUUGCCUUUGUUACAAAUAUGCCAAAGCAUUUGACACUUUCUAAUUACCGAACACCUUUUUACUUUUGUCUGCCACUUUAAUUAUAAAAACUACUGCAUGCAAAAAAAAAAUAACAAUAGCCUAAUAAUGGAAUCUAUGCCAAUUUUAUGAAUCUUUGGGAUGUUUUGCCAAACCUCUUAGAUAACAGGCAAAUUAAGCAAAUUUCUGUCUUGGGCAAUAUUUCAUUCAUAUCCAAUAGAGCAAUAAUGCAUGAUAUUUUUGAUGAGACGUGAGUCAUAACUGCUUGUAACAUCUUGAUUUUUUCAAGUACCACUAUUCUAUGUAGUUAUGAGAAAUGGAAUUUCAGGGAGUUAGCAAACCAAGUUGGUGUUGAAUAUGGAGGGUUGGGUUAAGAGCUCUGUAUUAUGAGGGAUUGUGGCACUGUUGUGAUUCUUUGAGGCUUUCUCCAGUGACUUCUGUGAUUGUUAAGUGUUUGAACAGAUCAAAUCAACGAGAGCAGAGUCAGUUUUCUAAUCUCUGCUGAUUUAGUGUGUAAUAUUAAAAUGAUUGCCUCCUAGUUAUAGUUCUAUCUUGGCAUCAUUAGCUUCUUGACAAUUAUGUUUGUAGAAGUAUUUGGAGCUGUUGGGGCUUCCAGGGAUUCACACAGACAGCACAAUUUCUUUUAGGUAGAGGGCUCUGGGCUGGGUCGGGACGGGUCUUUUUGUACAUGGUUUAUGCACUGCCUGCCUCGUAUUAUUAUUCUAAAAUAUUGUAGAAAGUAGAGGGUACUUCCGUAGGCCUCUGGUGCUGAAACGUGGAUGAUAAACACAAACCCAAAACAAGAACGAUUGAGAGUUUUGGUAUUUAGUGUGCUCCUGGUUUGAAUUGCUGAGAAGGUGAAACACAACUUUACACAACAGCUGUGGUGCUGAACCUGGGGCUCUUUGACCCUCAGUAGUCUUGAGCAGGUCCCUGCUUGUGAGGUUUUAAUCAGUGAUGAAGAAGCAAUUUCCUCCUUUGAUUUGGUCAAAACCAGUGAGCUCUCUUCUCACUUUGAACCUCAUCAAAAGAUCGGUUUUGCUCCUCGGCUCUACACAAGACAUUCAUUGACAAAUUUCAUGCGAGGAGUCUUGAGCGAUCAACACUCAUCCACCGGCACAGUUUUGGUUUGUUUUACUUACCAUCAUCUCGAGCUGUUGUGAGGUUGUUGUGGCAAUGCCCACUGCAAUUAUAAGGAGAGAAAGAAGAGAAGACAUGUGGUCAAUAUUUCAGCACCAGAGUGCAUCAACAAACACUUAGAUUCUACUAUGAACUACUGUAGCCUCCUAUAGCCACAAGCUAGUUUACCUAUUCUUAUAUAAAGCACUUCCUGUUACGAAUUAUAUCUUACAACUUUUUUUUUUGUUAAAAGAUAGUAGCACAAUGAAAGACUUUAGAUUCAGGUAGACAAUGCCUUGUAUGUAGAUAUAACAACCUCUUUCUCCUUUUUCUACUAUGAUGAAUCAAAGGUUAAAAACAACAGCAAAGACGCUGACAUGUCCUUAAAUAACAUGUGAAAAUAUGCUUUACAAUGACACAUGGUAUAAAUGGACACAUUCAUUACAUGUAGUGUCAUUUUUCAACAUAUAUGUGUGAGAGCAUCUUCACCACACCUUUUUUAAGAGUGAAUGAAAACUCAACUAUUUUGCGGCUAGAGGCCUUGUAAAUAAGCACUGAUGUGACUUUGGAGUCUGAUUAUUUCUACAGAUCUGUAUAGAGUGACAGUGACCAUGAUGAUGAGGAUGAUGAUGGUGAUGAUGGUGAUGAUGGAGAUACAUUUUUCUGGAGCUUCCUGCUUUGUUUUGAGUUCUUCCUCUGAGGUUUUUUUGGGACCUCCAGUGGUGGUUUGAAACAAUGUAAAGCACAAAGACAACACUGGGCAUUUUGUUUCACUUCGUAAAUAAAAACUAGUUUAAAAAAAAGUCACAAGAUGCCUUUUUCUUCAUUGAACCCUUCACAUGUAAUCACCAUAAAUAUUUUGCAAUUAUUAGUGGUAAUGCACAUCAACAUGUCUAUUUGCUUUUGUUAUUUUUUUCUAAAGUUUACAUUUUCUAUGUGUCUACACUACUUUAAAGGGGAAUUCUAAUGAUUUGAUUUUGCACUUCUCUAAGUCUAAGUCUAAGUGCUUUGAGCUAAUUGCUAAUGUCAGCGUGUUAACAUGCUCACAAUGAAAAUGGUAACAUGUUGAUGUUUAGCAUUGGUUGCCAUGUUCACCAUCUUAGUUUAGAGAGCUACCGUGGAGCAUUUAAUAAUUAGCACUAAACACAAAGUACAGUUGAGGCUGGUGAGAAUGUUAUUAGUUCGGCAGGUAAUAAACCAGAACAAAUUGAAAUUUUGAGCUGACGAUGGCAACCCCGAUGACAUCACUAUGACAUCAUCAGGGUUAUUUUCUCAGACUUGACAACGCUCCUCCAGAGCCACAGAAGACAUUUUAGUCUCCGGCUGUUUUCACUGAGUAGUCCUCUUGAGGAUGAGUA